GAAUGUUCCCAACUGCCUUUAUUCUCAUACAUCUUCAAGCAUUUAAACCUCUUUCAUCCCAUCCUAAUUCUUUAAGUAAAAAAUCACGUGCUCGCUAGAGUUAGCAUCGCGCUAGUAUCUACGCUAAUCCUAAUAUACAUUUCCAAAUAUCUAUAUAAGAAUUCUUCUCCUCCAAUAUUUUCUCUAUCCUUUAUCUCCUCGACCAAGUCAAACCACCUCUUGUUGAAUUCGAAAAUUUUGCUAUCCUCGAAAACGGUGACACGAUCUUCAAAUAUGCCUUUUCACGGUAUACAUAUCCCUCUCAGGGGAAGUAGCUACACAAAAGUCGACAUAUAUCGUCCAAGAGAUCCGGCAGAUAUGCACACCCUAUUUGAACCAGCACCAAAUGCGAGUGACCGUUUGAAAGAUCUUAUCGUUAUAUGGAAAGAGAUACGAGAGGAAGUUCGGACUUGCGAGUUACAUCUGGUCCCUGGAAUCAUCUACCAUCACCUCCUCGAAGGCUUAGAGACGCUUGAUGCUACAUUCAGAGUCUGCCGAGAUGCAUGGGGAUGUGGAAAGAACUCACCACAAGAAAUGAACCAACACCGAAUAAAGAUAGAUAGCUUGUUCCAAUUAACAGUGAUUACGAACGGAGUAAUCAUGAACAUUGCUGAAGAACACGAGUUAAGAUGUCUUGAAAUUUUGAAGGAGGGCUCAAGUAACUUCCACUUGAUUUCCAAGAAGUCACGAGACCGAAAGACUCAACAGAUUAAGUACCUAACAGAGAAGCCUUUCAAUGCUCUAUUCAUCGAUAAACAAGUUCUUAAGGUUGCCAGAGAUGAACAGUAUCUUAUCAAUCAUAUCCCAGGAGUUAUGGUUCCAGAAAUUGAUGGUGAUUUGAUUCAGCAAUGCAACUUGACAGCCGAUGAUUUAGUUAGAGUUGAAACCCUUCCCAUUUGCCCCAAGGAUUCAUUAGGCGGCGUUGGUUUCGAAUGGGCUCAAGGUACUGGUGAGUUCGAGAAUGCAUCCGAAGGGUACAGAAUGAGUGAUUGGUUUCGCGAAGCUUUUACACCUGUCAUGGAAUCCAACUUCAAUGGAUGGGGAAGUUUUUUGAGUGCCCUUUUGAAUGAUGACAUCGCUCCUGACCUAACGCCAGGUCGAACUCCAUUCGUUUCGAGAUUAUUAAACACUUAUUUUCGCUAAAUAUGCACACUCAAAAUCCCAUGAAUUUGGGGAAGGGGUUCAUAUCGCUUUUGAUAUUUAUCGUGGUUCUUUGACAACAAUUCCAAUACAAUCGAAUCGAGAUGCAUGGGUUUUCGCACUGGAAUUUAUUACACGGAUGGCAAAGUUAGAUGAGAUUUGGGUGGUUAGAUGCAUGGUUUUCAAGAUGGAAUUUUUCAUAUAAAUGGCAAAGUUAGCUAGACGAUCGCAUAUUUACCAAAAGGUGGCUCGUUAGCUAAGCCUUCCAGGAAUUUAAUACUACA